UGCACACACACAAACAUUCCUUAUUUUUAUUUCUGCUGUGUCACAUUAAAAAAUCUGAAUAUUUAAGAAGAUUUAACUGUAAUGUCGAGUAUUUUCCAUUGUGGUAUUGUAACUUCCACCAAACCAACAGGGACGUCACACUGUUUGAUGCAAAACCGUUAAAAUAAGCGAGAGCCCAAAAGCAGCACCUCAUAAAUGUGCAAAAUACGAUCUUAGUAUGAGUUUUGAACGCAUCACUGUAGAAAGCUUCGCACUGGGAUUUGCUUUCGCUUCUGUUAGCUCAGCUCAUAAACAUGGACACAGUAAUCGCGAUCUCAGGGCCUGAGACGCGCUCAGGUGUUCCCGUGAAGAAUGCUCAAACCACACCGUUUCAUUUUUCAUUUUGGAUGUUAUUUUUUCUUAACUAGCUAGCUGACCUGUAACUCGGUAACGCCUCCACGUCGCCUCUGUUCCGUUCCAAAGUACAAGUCUCGUUAAGGUCCGAUUAGCUCGGUUGUUUUGUGUGAGAGUUCAUCGUGUCAAAAGCUAUUUUUCAGUUGACAUGCCGGUUUUAUAGCAGCUUGAAUUCCAUUAAGUCGCUGCUGCGGUUUCAGGAGAUAACGUUCACACUACCGCAUUCUCCACUGGAAGCAAAAUGAGUCGGGAAGCAGAAACAACCGUGGAAACCUCCGCAGUUUCCUCAAAGACUGACAUUGCAGACAAACAAAAGAGGGCGAAAAUUAUUUACAUCGUUUACCUCAUCGCCGCUUUGGAUAUCACAUGGAUGUUUUUACAGUUUUCCGUAACCCCUUAUUUGGCAAAGAAACUGGGCUUCGACACCUUGUGGUUUGGUUAUUUGCAAACCAUGGUAGGUGUAAUCCAGCUGUUUGGGGGUCCUAUGUUUGGAAGGUUUGCAGAUCUCUUCGGAGCACGAGUGGCCUUGUCUCUGGCUUGUGCUUCAACAGUUGUUUUCUUCCUGCUGCUGGCCGUGGCAAACCAUCCUGCCAUGCUCUUCAUCCACAAACUCCCCACAGUCUUCAUGCAUGUCCUGCCCGCAACCCAGAUGGUCGUUGCAGACCUGUCAGAACCUGAAAAACGAGCAGAUGCUCUGUCUAAGCUCGGUCUGUGUUUUGGUGUCGGUAUGAUCGCUGGCUCCACGUUGGGCGGCCAUCUUAACACACGCUAUGGGGAGACAUUUACUGCGUGUUUUGGUGCUGCGGGGAGUGCCUUCAGUUUAUUGUUGGUUUUAACAUUUAUCCCAAAAACAACCAAAGUCCAAGCUCCAACAACCAGCACCGACAGUGAGAACAAAAACAAGUCAGUAUUCAGCGUGGGAGAGAUCACGAGGCUGAUGAAGUUUCCAGGUGUGGCACGCACUUUUACUGUGAAGAUAGUUGCGGGUUUGCCAUCAGGCAUUUUCCAGGUAAUGUUCUCCAUCAUUGUGCUGGACUUCUUCAAGCUGCAGCCCGAGGAGAACGGCUACCUGAUGGCCUACUUUGGCAUCGUCCAAAUGGUUGUUCAGGGAGGCGUGAUCGGGUGGCUUACGGCGAGGUACUCCGAGAACUCGUUGCUCCUUCUGUCCAUCGCAGUUGAUUCACUGGUGGGAUUGGCUCAGGCUUACAUGCAGAAUGUGUUCCAGUUCUGCCUCAUCGUCGUGCCGAUGAUGUUUUCUCUCAGCGUGUUUGGCGUCAUCACGGACAGCAUGCUCACCAACAGCGUCCCGUCCUCUGACACAGGCACAAUGAUGGGACUGUGUGCAUCCGUUCAGUCUCUGCUUCGCACGGUCGGGCCGACUGUCGGCGGCUUCCUGUAUGUGAACUACGGCAUUUCAUCCAUUGGAACAAUACAGUUUGUGGUUAACAUUGCUGUGUUUGUGUACCUGCUGCACUUUGGAACCAUGAAGACAGCUGAGAAAAAGAAAUGAAACCUCUUAGUCUUAGGAAAGUUUCUUUGCAUUUCCAAAGAGAUUUCAAGUUGUCGUUCACGUGAUGAGAUGAGGUCAAGUCGCAGCAGUUCUUCAUCACGUCAGACUUUUUGCUCUGUUGUGUCAUCUCUGCUGGAGAAUCAGGACCAAACCACUAGAUGGAAGCAAAUCCCCAGUUUUACCUGACGAUGGGUUCGUCAUUCACAUUCACCUUCAAAUCAAACUGUAAAAUCCUUUUGUACAUAUUCAUAUUUUAAAGAAAUCAUCAGAAAUUAUUAAAUAUUGAACGUUA